AACUUUUUGAAUUCACGUUUCAUUUUGCAGGAGGACGCAGGCAUGUCGUCGCCGCCACCAGCGUUGCCUGCGAGCGACGCGUCCAGCAGCAGCGUCACGGACAGCGGCACCGAUGUGUCCACGCCACCGAACUCUCCUGCUACUAGACCCGGCUCCGCGCCGGCCCGACCUCCCGCUGCAACGUCAUCCGCAUCGUCCGUGUCGACACCAUCCCCUCCGCCUAAUUUGCCAGCACGUCGACCGUCCGUAGCUCCCGUCGGGCGUCAGGCCGCCAUCCACGCCACCCCCACUGCCCCGAGACGCAAACGCAAGGCCACACCACCGCGUCGACGUCCCAGUAGCCCAACCACAGCAACACAGACCGUCAAGAGAAGGAGGAAGCCCGGCGAGGUGGCGCUUCGGGAGAUCCGAUUGCUACAGCGCUCCACAAAGCUGCUGCUGCGAAAACUUCCCUUCGCCCGUGUGGUGAGAGAGAUCCAGACGGAGUUCACGGGUGUGGGUUACCGCUGGCAGGCUGAGGCACUGCUGGCGCUACAGGAAGCAGCCGAGACGUACCUUGUCCGCACCUUCGAAGACGCGAACUUGUGUGCCAUCCACGGCAAGCGCGUGACGCUGCAGGUGAAGGACAUUCAGCUGUCGUUGCGAAUUCGUGGUAUUCGACCGACGGCUUCGUAAGGAACGAUGUCGAAGAUUAUUCAGGCGAAGUUAUGAGGACUGUUUUUGCUUAUUUUUGGGGUUAAUUGGGCGUGUGCAUACACUAAGGCUGACUUGGUGGUGAUCUGAAUCCUUCUUGGGUCUGCUUAGUGUGCAAUGGUGUCAUAUUCGAGUGGUGCGUACAUUGAUGCAGGGAGUAUCCAUAUGCGGUGCUGUGGGUCGCAUCAUCAAUGCGCACUGGAAACCCCCAGGGACAAAAAGUCGUGUUGAAGCGGUCUUGUUACCCGUCAACCACAUUGUUUUGGGCAAUCGCUUUACUGAAGACGGCAGCUUUUGUCAACGGUUGUCAUGGUCGCAGUGUAAAACGGAGACUUGAUGGUGCUCACAAUCAGAGUUUUACGGUGGGCUUGGCAUCACAACAGGUAAAACUUUUGACGGUGAACCAGGCCACGCUUCCGUUCCCCUGAAACGACCCUGAAGCCGUUGAAGAGAGGCACGAGGUUUCAGAGGUUUGGAAAAGGUUGGACGUCCAAGACGGCGUUUAGCCAGACCUUGUCCGAUUACAGCAAGAGUCCCCAAACACUGAUAACAUCCACAGACAACGAUACAUAAGUGGUUGCACUAUCACAAAGUAGACAUACAGCAACCAGCCACGUACCAACGAGUGGCCGCUGCGUUGUGGGCAAUAAUGUUGACAGCACGGCAAUCCAGAUGUGCAUCUGCGCAAACAACGAUCACAUGCGUCAGUAAUGCGGCGAAGACUCCAUUGUGGCCUGCAAAGUAAAUCUGAAGCUUACUCCCGUGAAUCAAACAACUUCUUGGCAGUUUGUUUCCACUCUGCAACAACUUCUCUUGCCUCUUUUCCGCUCGGUAUCGGACCGAGCUUAAUUGCCACCUCAUACUCGCUUUCAGGAUCCAGGAACUGGUAGUCUUGGAACAGUUCCUACGGUCAACACAAACAGCAGACAAGAUUAUCAGAUCUAAUGAAGGGGGUUCCCACGUUAUCAAUGAAAUGGCAACGAACCUGCUCGCUGCUCAUCUGGUCUUCAUACUUAUUGCCU